CUCAACUGCCAGCCCCUUCGCAGUCUCCGCCCCUUCGCGCUCUGUGGCUUCCCGCGGCGAGGCUUUAAAGUCUCGCGAUAGCCCGCCUGUUUCCCAUAACUCCGUGCCGUCGCCCCGCCCGUCCUCUUUCCGCCAUCUUUCCGUGCCGCCGCCAUGGUGCGCAUGAACGUCCUGGCCGAUGCCCUCAAGAGCAUCAACAAUGCCGAGAAGCGAGGCAAGCGGCAGGUGCUGAUCCGACCAUGCUCCAAGGUCAUCGUCCGUUUCCUCACCGUCAUGAUGAAGCACGGCUACAUUGGCGAGUUUGAAAUCAUCGAUGAUCACAGAGCUGGGAAGAUCGUUGUGAACCUCACGGGCAGGUUAAACAAGUGUGGAGUGAUCAGCCCCAGAUUUGACGUGCAGCUGAAAGAUCUAGAAAAAUGGCAGAACAACCUGCUGCCAUCCCGCCAGUUUGGUUUCAUCGUCCUGACAACCUCAGCUGGCAUCAUGGACCACGAAGAAGCAAGACGAAAACACACAGGAGGAAAAAUCCUGGGAUUCUUUUUCUAGGGAUGUAACAGAUACAAAUAAAAGCUAAAUGGAC